GGUAAGUGAUCUUCUCUUUCUGGACGAUCUUGUUCAGGUUUGAUCUUGGUCAAAUUUUGUUUUCCUCUCCACUCUGAUCUAUGCAUGGAUGGAUUUGUUCUCGGGAUUGCUGGCUUAGUUUUGUGUGGCUUGAACCAUUUACAACUCUUGAACAUUUGCAAAUAAUAAGAUGGGUGAAAGUUGAUUUUUUAUGCUAUUUCUGUGUUAGUUUUGUGCCUAGUUGAACUCUGUGCUGAACAUGGGAGAUCUGUUAAAAGUUAAUUUUGUAGCUAUUGAAACUUGAUUUUAGUCAAAAUCUAUGCAUUUGCAAAUUGUGGGAAAGCUGGUGAAAGUUAAUUUUGUGCCAAGUCGAACUCUUUGCUGGUUUUGGUUUGUGAUCACUGAUUACUGGAGCUUUAUUCUCAAACAUUAUGUUUUGCAUAUAUAGGGGUCAUUUAGUCGAAUUUUUUGCUGUGUGAGUCUCUGUUGAAUUUGGCUCCUCUGAAAAUUGCCAAGUUUUUAUCAUGUAAUAUUUUAAUUAUAAUUUCUAUAAUUAAUAUGUUAGUUUUUUACAUAGUAUAAUGAGUAACAAUAAGUCAAAAGCUUCAUGGGAUCGAAGAAAUACUAGAAUCUUUAUUGACAUUUGUUUGGAACAAGCUCGAAAAUCGCAAAGAAAUGGUGGUAGUUUUACCAAAGCAGGAUGGCUCAGCAUAAUUUCUACCUUCAAUGAGAAGACUGGACAGAAAUAUGACAGACAACAAUUCAAGAAUAAGUGGGAUAAUAUGAGAAAAGAGUGGGUACUAUGGGAUAAGUUAGUUUCAAGUGAGACAGGAUUGGGUUGGGAUUAUGCAAACAAUACUGUGGAUGCUUCAGACGAUUGGUGGGAGAAGAAGAUAUUGGAAAAUCCUUUAUAUGAGAAAUUCAGACAUAAAGGAUUACCAUUUGCCAAUGAAUUAACCGAGUUGUUCCAAGGUACUAUCGCUAAUGGACCUAGAGCAUGGGCACCUUCAAGUGGAGUUUUGCCUAACAUUUACAAUAGGAAUGAAGGUGAGGAUGAAGAGGUGUAUCGGCCUGAUAUGGCAAAUGAGGGUAUUAAUUUGGAGGAAGGUUCAGGAGAUAGUGAUGAGAUCUUAGGAACUACUGGAGUAAGCGGUGAAUUUAAUAGAGUAGUUCUAAAUGCUUCUCAAGGAACCUUAAGUGGAAGCAGUGGUAAGAGGAAGAGGGGCGAAAGCAGUAACGGUAGAAAGAAGAACAAGUUACCUAGUACAAGUCAAAUAGCAGAUGCAAUGAGUGUGAUAGCUCAGACAACAAAGGAAGAAUCUCAACAGGCCAAGGAAACAUCAAUUCCCGAAGUCAUGUCUAUAGUCAAACAAUGGGAAGAAGUUGCAACUGAUAAACAUUGGGUUUCACGAUGCAUGUCACUCUUCAUGUCCCGAGAGGCUAGGGUGAUGUUUUUGACGAUGAAGGAUGAUAAAGAAAGCGUUUUGGAGUGGUUGAGAUAUGAAUGUUACAAAAAUGGUUGAUUAUUGGAGUUUUAAAACUUAUUAUGAGUAUAUGAUC